UGGACGGCUGCGGUUCUUUUCCGGCUACACCUGCUCAACCCACCAGGAAGUGCUGGGCGAUAAAUCCUAAAGUAAUAAUCCCUUUUACCUGGAGCGAGAGGAGCGAACAAACAUUAUUAUGCAGCGCGUCCGCGGAAAGCCCUCCGACUAGAUUCAUGCGAUCGACGCGCGCGAUUAAUGCAGGGUCACAAACACUCCGUCAACUCCCUGCAAGUUGGGGUUAUUGUUUUCCUGCGGUGUAGCGUUUAGGGUUUUUUUGCGGUCCAAACCUCCCUCCGGCAAUGGGAUGCUGUGGAAGCGCAGAGAGGACAAAAAGAGAAUGGAAACCUUUGGAGGACAGAAGCUGCACGGAUCUGCCGUGGUUCCUGUUAUUUACAUUGUUCCUCGUGGGAAUGUGUGGCAUCUGUGGGUUUACCAUCGCGACCGGAGGGGCGGCGCGGCUCGUCUUCGGAUAUGACAGCUACGGGAACACAUGUGGCCAGCGCAACGAGCCCAUCGAAGGGGUCCGACUGAGUGGACUUGACCACACUGACAGAAAAUUUGUCUUUUUCCUGGACCCGUGCAACAUAGACAUCAUUCAGAGGAAGAUUAAAUCCAUGGCGCUGUGUGUGUCUCAAUGUCCCACAGAGGAACUGUUGACGUACUACGACCUCAAGAGGUUUGCCAUGAUGAAUGGGUCUGAGCUUUGCUCGUAUGAGUUACCUGGUCAUAAGUACCCAUCACUUCCUGAGCGCUUCGAUAAGUGUCCCAAACUUCCAGUACCAGAGAGCAAAGCUCUUCCAGUGUUUAACCGCUGCACGCCGGUGGACAUCUCCUGCUAUGCUAAGUUCGCAGAAGCGGUGGUCACGUUUGUCAGCGAUAACAGCAUGCUAAACAGGCUGAUCGCCGGGGUCGCAGCCAGCAAAGAGAUCAUUGUUGGCUUGUGUCUGCUGGCGUUAGUUCUGUCCAUGAUCCUCAUGGUGAUCAUUCGCUACAUCUCUGCUGUUCUGGUUUGGAUCCUCACUGCACUGGUGGUUUUGGGUUCUCUGGGAGGCACCAGCGUUCUCUGGUGGUUAUAUAUAGACUACAGGAUGACGAUGAAUGAGACCAUGACGAAAGAUCUGACUGAAACCGAAGAACCCAACGGUGGCAUGAAGCCCACUAAAGACCACGCUCAAGGACUGCUCAUCUAUGCCGUUUCAGCCACUGUAUUCACUGGAAUCUUGUUGCUGCUGAUGUUGUUCAUGAGGAAGAGGGUGGCUCUCACCAUUGCUCUCUUCCACGUGGCAGGGAAGGUUUUCAUCCACCUGCCGCUGUUGGCUCUGCAGCCCUUCUGCACCUUCCUGGCUCUGUCUUUGUUCUGGGUUUACUGGAUCAUGGUCCUGCUCUUCCUCGGCACUACUGGGAACCCAGAGAAGAAUGAGGAUACGGGGUUAGUGGAGUUCAGGCUGUCAGGGGCGCUGCAGUACAUGACGUGGUAUCACGCGGUGGGCUUGAUCUGGAUCAGUGAGUUCAUCCUGGCCUGUCAGCAGAUGACCGUCGCCGGAGCUGUGGUGACCUACUAUUUCACAAGGGAUAAGACCAAACUGCCGGUGACGCCCAUCCUGUCGUCGGUGCUGCGUUUGGUGCGGUAUCACCUGGGCACUGUGGCCAAGGGCUCCUUCAUCAUCACCCUGGUCAAGAUCCCGCGCCUCAUUCUCAUGUACAUCCACAACCAGCUGAAAGGCAAGGAAAACGCGUGCGCUCGCUGCAUGCUGAAAGCCUGUAUCUGCUGUCUGUGGUGUCUGGAGAAGUGCCUCAAUUAUCUGAAUCAGAAUGCGUAUGCGGCGACGGCCAUCAACAGCACCAGUUUCUGCACGUCGGCUCGCGAUGCCUUCAUGAUCCUGGUGGAGAACGCUCUGAGGGUGGCCACCAUCAACACCGUUGGAGAUUUUGUUCUCUUCCUGGGAAAGGUCCUGAUCGUGACAUGCACGGCGUUCGCCGGCGUUCUGGCGCUGAACUAUCAGAGAGAUUACACCGAGUGGGUCCUGCCGCUCAUCAUCGUGUGUCUGUUUGCGUUUCUGGUGGCCCACUGCUUCCUGUCCAUCUUCGAGAUCGUGGUGGACGUGCUCUUCCUCUGCUUCGCCAUCGACACCAAAUACAACAACGGCACACCUGGAAGAGAGUUCUACAUGGACAAGGCCCUGAUGGAGUUUGUGGAGAACAGCCGGCGGUCGAUGGCGAUGGAGGAGCGGGGGCGCAGCAAGCGUGCCCGCCCCAAGGAAGAGGUAGAGUUGACUGAGGUGAAGGCCAUGGUGAGUGGUGACGGGGGCUCGGCGGGGGCAGAGUGGCAGGCCUUACAGGAGUUUCACCUGUACUACCUGCUGCUGUGUGUGCUGAUGGACUGGGCCCUGACGGAGCACACGCUGGUGCUCUGCCUCACACAGGACAUGAUCAUCUUCCUGUCUGUCUGCCUGCCCACCUCCACCCUCUUCUUCCUGGUCACGCUGCUCCAGAGCCCGCCGGUCGCUGCUGCUGCAUGCUGACUAACGCUUUUCCUCCAUCUCUCAUCUCAUACUGCACUAACAAAGCAUGAGCAUCUAUUUUUCUAUCUGUGGAUUAAUUUUUAUUUUUCAUCUUUUUCAUUCCAUUCUUGCCUCUUUUUUUCUUUUCUACUGACUGUCUUGAACUCAUAUGGCGGCUAUUAACUGUACUUAUGUAACCGUGGCCUUAUAAACACCAUGUUGCUCUUCAGAGGACAUAAUAUUGAAAAUGCUUUACUGGAAACACGAGAUGAGAUCAAAUCGCUCCCGUUGAUGGUCUGUUGGAUCUUUGUUAUGACAGGAUUCUCCACUAUGCUAAAAUGAACCAUGUUACCGGUGGCUUACUGGAAAAACAUUUGUAAAAGAACAUUUUAAGGGUUGAAGAGGUCAUAUGAGGUUGCUUAAAGGUGCAGUAGGUGAUCUGCCAAAAUGCUAACAGCUUAGCAUAUUAUCUUUGGACGGCGGGGAGGGACUGUG